AAUGCGAACGUACGCUGGGCGAAGCUGAAAGACCGACUUGGCGGUUUUCUGUUGGGCGGCCUCAUCGGUUUACCAGAUGUCUACCCUCUGGCCGGAGAGCUGAAGAAAAAGUCAUUUGAGUCUGGCGCCCAACAACGUGACUUCUGGCGCCUUCGCCUCCAAACGCCCAGUCGAAUACUAAUUUUGUAUAGUCUUCUCUCGCUUUCACUUGCCUCCGAAUCGGGAAAAGUUGACUGGCUCAGUCGAAGCAGCGACCUGGCUGGCGUCAAGAAGGUCAAUCUGAGCUCAACUACCAACUCCUCUUCCGCGCGGAACGGCUUGUCGGCAGAUCCACUCAAACUGGACGUCCUGGCGACAAUCUCGGAAAGGUCAAGCCCACGACCAUAUCACUCGCCGCAACUGUUGGCGUCGGGUGAUCCUUCAGACGACCUGAGUGAAGCAGAACUGCAGACGCAUCAGUCGACAGAUCGGCUGAAGCGAUUUCUUCGAGAUGCCUCUGAAGCAUUCCUUUUGCCACGAUCACCCGCUGAAGCGAUCACUCCAGCCGGCGUCGGCGGUACAAUGGUUUUGCCGGAGCAGGCGGCCUUGUGCGCUGAGUUUGUCAACUCACUUCGGCUUCCACGAACCUCCGGUCCCGGAGGACUGGCCGGAAAUGGCGGAAUGCGUAUCAGAGACAUUGAUCUGCGCGAUGAGGAUCAAAUGCAGCAGUACAGCUUUCGUACACCUCACAACGCCGACGGAAACUAUCCAAACGACAUGCAGUGUAUCAAAGUAAUUAAAGUUAUGCGUUUGCGCUCACCAAAUACUGAAGGUGCGGGUAUGCACGAGCUUAUCACUAAUUUAAUUGUUGUUCACUUUGAUGCAUUCGCCUAUGAUGAAGGUGAAAGAUAUCAGAGGACGGCGAAAAUAGGCAUAAAUCGGUCUUUAGACUCACGUUGA